GCAUUUCCCAGGAUGCUUUGGGGUCCCGCGGCUCUCUGGGAAUUCAAGUCUUUCCCAGUGUCUCCGGAGACCCCACGGCUGUAAGGCCCUUUAAACUGGAGGGUUCGAGGCUGUCUCCUGGUCCCGGAGCCUGCAUGGGCGGCGUGAUCUUCCACCCGGGCUGGGGUGGGGAGCUGGCCUAGCCGUGCUCUAAAGGACGCCUUGGCUGCGGGCAGCGACCGAACCGGCGCCAGGGCCUUGGACGGGAGAGGCGGGGCCCGGCACUUGAGCUUAACCAGCGGGGGAGAUCCGCAGCCCGGAGUGGGAGUCGGCUGCCUAUGGCGGAGGCCGGUCCCCGGGAUCUGGGCUGAGAAGGGCGUCUCGAAGGUCAGGGGUCAGAGGGCGUUGGGGUCGGAGGUCAAGGCCCGGCCUGGGCCGGCGAGACUAUGGCGUCCCCCUCCCGUCAAGCGCCACCGGGGGGCUCCGGGCUCCUGCGAGGGAGCCGGGCCCGGUCUUACGGCAGCCUUGUACAGUCCUCCUGCUCCCCGGUGCGCGAGCGGCGCGUGGAGCACCUGCUGGAGCCCGGGGAUACCCUGGCCGGCCUGGCGCUCAAGUACGGGGUGACGAUGGAACAGAUUAAACGUGCUAACCGCCUUUAUACUAACGACUCCAUCUUCCUCAAGAAAACGCUCUAUAUUCCUAUCCUGACUGAGCCCCGGGGAUUAUUUAAUGGGCUAGAUUCUGAGGAGGAAGAAGACAAGGAGGAAGAGAUGCCGUUGAAUCAAGGUGGAGCUGAAGCUCCCUCACCCUUGAGGAAAAAACAAGAGGAAAAAGCCAGUGGCGAAGGCCUUUCUUCCAGCUGUGGCCAGGACCUCCCCAUACCCAGCCAUGACCUCUCUGCCACAGACUUCCUCAAGAAGAUUGACUCACAGAUCAGUUUGUCGAAGAAGGCUGCUGUCAGGAAGCUGAAGAAAGGCGAGAGUGGGGUACCUGGGGAGGAUCUGCAUCCCCACUUGGCUUCCCCCCGAAAACAGCAACGUGCGGUACUGGGCCCUGUACCCCUGACUCGAACCACAAGGGCAGCCACCUUACGGGACCAGGAAGAUGAAAUCUUUAAACUCUGAUACCCCCAAAACUGUUGGGAAGAGAGAAGCGGUGAAAGAACAGCUGUCUGAUGGCGUGAAAGCUGAGGACCCGCUGUCUCAGCCCAUCCUCGUGAUCUGGCCUUCUUGUCAUAUCAGGGACUAUGGGGCUACAGGAGGAAUUGUAGACAGGAAUGGAAGGCUUGAGAUUAGAUCCUUUCCAAACUCUUCUGACUGAAUCUUGAGAUCUUUUAGAUUCAGAGAGCUCUGUCUGUCCCUUCCUUUCUCUGGUUCCUGUCACAGUUCCUUGGCCUUACCAUAGGGUGGAGGGAUCUCCAGUACCUGUCCCCCCACUCCCUCCCACCCUCCUCUCUAAUUUAUUUGGUGCUAUGUUGGAAUCCUAUUUAUUGGCUAUAUUUUGUUUUCCUAGCAGAAGAUAGGAGUCCUCCCAACUCUCAGGGGAUGGUGGUUAAGGAAUGAUCAGCCUGAUGGCUGCUCCUGUAGACCCCUCCAUCUAGGGAGCCCCGGGGACCGUUGGGAGCGUGGGUACGUCUGAGCCCCAACCGCUGCUGUGCAACACUGAGGUACCGAACCAGCUUCCCUGGGUGCUGUACCAGCUUUCUCCCCAAAUCAGGAAGUGAAAUGCUGGACUUGGCCUUGACCUAAUUGGUCCUGUUUUCUUUCUCAUGGCUCAGGAGAUUAGAGAUUCUGGUUAUCCUUUCCUUCCCUGCCACUUUUCUGGGAGCAGUGGCCACUGGUCACCUGAAUGGGUAGUCAGUGAUUUUGGGAUUUUAAAAAGCAGGCCUGACUACCUGCGUUCUGCAUGCAUGUGUAUGUGUACCUUUCCCCCCCAACACAUACUGAGCACUGGAGGGUUCUUUUGUUGCCUCCAUGACCUCCUGGUUCCUUUCUUUCUCUCCAUUGCAUAUUUAUUUGUGGUUUGUAGCACCAGCUUGAGGUGUAGUUCUGUGUCUUUGAAGAGAAAACAGCAGGCUAGGGAGGCUCUUUGGGGCUAAGAGCCUGCCUUAUUUUGUUAUUUAAUGUUGGAUGUGGAGGAAAAUGAAUGUGUCUUCCCAAACCCCUCUUCGUUGUUGAUAGUAAGUUGCUAGAAACUGCAGAGAUUAAACAGAGAGCCCUGUA